GAGCAGUGCGAGAUUUUCAGGGAGCGCACGAAGUAGCAUGUUCUCUGGAUGCAACCUUUGCAGAAUCCCCUGCCUGAGGAAGAAAGAGCCUAAUGGAAGGGUCUAAGUAGAGAGAGAGAUGAGAUUACAAUCCCACAGCAGAGCAGCAGAAUGAAGAAGCUGGUGAGGCAUCUCCUCGGAGUGUUUGUGGGUAUUUCCACUUGUGGAACCCUGCUGGUUCUCUAUGCAUCGUCCAGCGAUCUCAGAGCUGGUCCCUGGGUGUCGUUCAGUGCAGAGACCAGGAAGAGGAGAGAUACAGACAGGAGUCCGGAGCCCUCCUCACUGCCACUGCUGAAGGGAUAUAUCAAUUUCAGAGACCAUAAGGGUCUGAGGGUCCACUGUAAGGACUGCGCUCUGGUCACCAGCUCCGGGCAACUCAUUGGGAGUGGGCAGGGAGCAGAGAUCGACGGCGCCGAGUGUGUCAUCAGGAUGAACGAUGCGCCGACGUGGGGUUACCAGGAGGACGUGGGCCACAGGACGAGCCUACGGGUGGUCGCUCACUCCAGCAUCCAGCAGCUGCUGCAGAAAGGAGGCGAGCUGCUCAAUGCCAGCUGCGACCCAGUCUUCAUCUUCUGGGGCCCGAGCAGCUGUAUGAGGAGAGAUGGCAAGGGUCGGCUUUAUAAUCACUUGCAACUCCUCCAGCGUAUUCGGCCCUGCCUCAAGCUGCACACCAUCACGCGGCAGAAGAUGCUACACUUCGAUGAACUCUUCAAGAGGGAGACGGGGAAAGACAGGACAGCCUCCAAUUCCUGGUUGAGUACUGGCUGGUUCACCAUGAUCAUCGCCCUUGAAAUUUGCGACAGAAUUGAUGUCUAUGGCAUGGUCCCACCGAACCACUGCAGGGACCCCCCUCACCGCUCCGUGCCGUAUCAUUACUACGAGUCUUCAGGAAUCGAUGAGUGCACGAUGUACAUCUCGCACGAGCUGGGCCGCAAGGGGAGCCAUCACCGGUUCAUCACGGAAAAGCACGCGUUCGCCAGGUGGGCGAGGAAGUACAACAUCCACUUCCACCAACCGGAAUGGGAGCUCGAAUCCUUGGCUUCCAAUCACACAGAGCGUGAGGCAGGGAGGAGGUGAGGCAGGGCCGAAGACGAGGAGACCCAAACAUGGGGCACACCUGACCAAUCAGCAGGAGCUGCCAGACCCAAACGACAGUUUCCUCUUCCUCUUUCAAAUUGGCUUCCCACCAAAGGAAAAAAGACCACAAUAAUCUAGCGGCUUGUGCGACCAGUGUAAGGCUGUGGAAGGACAGUUGCAACGUUAGGAGAUGAUCUUUCUGACGAAGGGUCAUCGGACCCGAAACAUUAACUCUGUUUUUUUCCUUCACAGAUGCUGCCAGACCCGCUGAGCUUUUCCAGCAACUUUGUUUUUGUUAGGAGAUGACAUGAUGGCCGCUCCUGCAGAUCUCUCAAUUCUGAAAGCUCAUGAGGCCCAAUGUAGGAGCAAAAUAAUCCUUUUUUUUUAAUAUAAGGAGCCCAGAAGCAACUUUGUUUGAUUUAUCGACUUUGGUUUAAUUAAUGCGGCAGCCUCUGCGACCCUCACAAUGUUUUGUCUUUAUAUACUUCUGAUGGUUUCUUUCCAAUCACUGACCUGUAAUGUUAUUUGUAUCAAUAGGAAUUUAUUACCUCAUUGGGCUCCAACGUGUCACUUUUGAACUUUUGCUGACAUUUUAACCAAAUACCACAGGCAGCUCAGAAUUGUAGCCUCUAAUUAAUCUUCCUGAGUGCCAAGGACUCCUUGCAUUGUGAGAAAUUACUGGGUGGAAGAAUAGAAGUGUGUGGGGAAAGACUCAGAUCCGACUUCUACUGUUUUGAUGAUUAAAGGAAAAUCAAUCAGCGUUUCAAA